GUGAGAAUUGUUGCAGCUGACCCAGGCAAAAUCGUUGCUGAAUUGACAGUGGAGGAGGAACAUCAAAAUGCUGUCGGAACCUUACAUGGAGGACUGACGGCAACGUUGAUUGAUAGCAUGACAACCAUGGCAUUACUAAGCAUGGAAAAUGGAUUGCCUGGUGUCAGCAUUGAUCUCAAUGUCUCGUAAGUGUUACAUUCUAGCGACAAUGCGCCACUUAAGUCUUAACCCAUUGAGUUGCAUUGUGCCCCACUUUAUUAUUUUACUCUAACUCAGUCUAACACCAGACAAUUUUGCUCAUCAAGGGGAGAGCACUGGGCGUAAAAAAAUACCUGUGGUUCCGGUUUCAUGUUGUGAAAAAAUUAGGGUUGGUAGGUCGGAAAUAAAUUUUUUUUGAAUAUUUUUUUCAUGGUUUUGGCGGGUUUUUUCUGGGCGAUUUGCAGUAGAGUCCCAACAUCAAUAUUAACUAGAGAUGCGUAUUUCCUAUGGACGAAUUUAGGCAAUUUGGUUCAAUAAUUAGUGUGACAACAGACGCCAUUUUGGCACGCUGUAUGAGCAGCCCGCAACCACCUGGAUAAAAUAGGGUGGGUCGGCAGAAAAAAUAGGGUCGGUUGGGAACCGCAACCACAGGUAUUUUUUUUUUACGCCCUGGCGCUCAAUGGGUUAACUUUGCUAGUUUACACACUCUAAACCAAGACAAUUUUAAUCGCCAAGUGGAGAUUAAAAUUUGACGUUUUCAAAUGUUCCUCAAAAGUGUGUAAAAACAAGUGAACGUAAAAUUUGACUGUACACAGGGCUCAAAAUAACGGGAGAUACGUCUCCGGUCAAAAUGACCGGUCAACUUGAUUUUAGCUCGGUCAAGAUCUGUUUUUGACCAGUCAUUGAUACGCUUGAAACAAACUAAAUUAUUAGAAACUUGCUUCGAUACAUCAUAGUUUCAUGUUUUAGUUUAAGACGUCAGCAAUCACUUUGGAAGGCAUGAAAACGUGGACGGUCAAAAUGUCAUUGUCCGUUGACCGGCCGUUAUUUUGAGCCCUGGUACAUUACGGCAAAUUUGUGAAAAAUUGAAAAUGUUCCUCAAUCUUCUCGCUAAUAAAAAUGUUCCUCACUCUUCAGGAUAGUGAGAUCCCAUUUUUUCCAGGGGUAGACUAUCAAUGUCUCUUGUAAAACUAAUGUUAUUCUCAAAACGUAUGUAUUUUAACAACACAUCUAUUCUAAAAAUUGUAUAUUUCAAAAAUCUGUUUUGGUUCAUCUUCAGCAGUAUAAGAUAUGACGUAUAACUAUAAAAGCGCAUGCGUCUGUAUAUAUAGGGCGGUGCAACGAGCGAGCGCACACUGAUGGACGUGUGGUGCGGAAAUAGCCCCAGGCGAGCAUGUUUUUUGAGAAAAUGUAGUAUUUGAUAUGCCCAGUGGCCCCAGUUCUUGUGUCCAUAUUAGAUAUGUACAAUAUCAUUCUGAGUAUGGAUUUAGUUUGCAUUUAGUGAAAAUUCUGCUGUCAGAGAGAGUUUAUUAUGGGUAAUGCGUGUGCUUUUGAUUACCCUACUUCAAUGUUGACAAAAUUACAAAUAUGAAUAUCUUUUGUCGACUUACUGCCAACACCUACAAACUCAGGCAUGUUGAAGCUCCUUAUCUCAAGUUUAUAUCGUAAAAGAAUAGCCAAAACCGGAGUUCAUCCUCAGAAGAUAUCAUGGCUGAAAUUUGACCUUUUUUAAAGCCUCGAUUCAGGACAAUAAGCCAGUAAAAUCUUACGAAAACAUAUAACCAUCCUGGGCAAAACCAUAGUCUAUCAAGAUAUGAUGAUCGGGAAACUAAAUAGAAGUGUCUGUUACAUAGAUAUCUUAUAUACACUAGAUAGUGCAUCUAAUUAUUCUGCAAUUCAAAAAUUGACGCCGUGAUUCAGCAGACUCAGAAUAUUCCCAUGAAAUGAGAAGACUCGUAUGUUUUCUAUUUCUUAAACAGGGAACUUAAACAUUAAGUUAAACCUAUUCCAAAUACAUAUUCAAACUAUUCAAAUGAUGAAAGUUAUUGCUGUUUUUUAAGCGUUUAUUAGUGAGUGGGAAACUCCAAUAUGGCUGCCAUCUAUUCAAAUGGGGGUAACCGCUGGAAUAUUCUUGGCUUCGAUGCGCUAUCUAGUGUAUAUAAGAUAUCUAUGGUCUGUUAUAUGUUUUCGUCUGAGUUUAUGUUAAUUUGUCGACAUUGUAUUUUCGUAUAAUGAAGUAACCGUCCAAUCGGGAUAGCUGAGAUGAAUCGUGCAACCACAAUGAAUAAUAUUUAAUGAAGUUGAGACAAAGGAUUUGUGCACGGUAAGGUAUGGUUCAACAUCAAACAAAGGUCUUCUAUUUUGUGGCUUUGAAGUUUGCCAGGAGUCCAGACCAUCAUAUCGUAAUAGACUAUGGCAAAACCAAGAAGUCGACCUUCUGUAAGGUUCCUAUUCUCUGCCUGCAGUUAUAAUAUUGUGCCUCAUAUUUUUCCUAUAGGUAUAUGUCAGCUGCGAAAAGUGGUGACCUUGUCACGAUUACAGCAGAAGCUCUAAAAGUUGGAAGGACCAUGGCUUUUACUACGGCCGAAUUAAAACUGCAAGAUGGGACUAUUGUAGCGAGAGGGAAUCAUACGAAACACUUAGGAAUGCCAACAGCUAAAAAACGAAGUUGA